AUGGAUCGUAGUUGGAUGAGAGCUAAUCGAUUAAGUGAUGAGUUUGAUAAUGGAGUGGUUGAAUUUCUAGAAUUUGCUGAAAAGAAUCUUCCGAACAAUAAGGGAGUUUUUCCAUGUCCUUGUGUUUCUUGUGGGAACCGGGACCCAAAACUUACUAAGGAUGAAAUAAGGGACCAUCUAGCUUGGAGAGGGAUUUGCCAAAAUUAUACACAAUGGAUAUGGCAUGGUGAAGUAGUAAUGCCAAGUGUAUCACAAAGAGAGAAAGUAUGUGUAGAUAUGGAUGAUCGGCUGAAAGACAUGAUACAUGAUAUUGGAGAAGAAUCAUUUAAGAGAGCGCAUGUGUAUGAUACUUUAUGUAAAGACAAGGAAGAACCUUUGUACCCGGGAUGCACAAACUUUACACGGUUGUCAGCUGUGUUAAGAUUGUUUAAUUUGAAGGCGAAAAAUGGAUGGAGUGAUAAAAGUUUCACUGAUUUGCUUGGAUUGUUGAAAGAAAUGCUUCCAGAAGGUAACACAAUGCCGAAUCGUCAUUAUGAAGCCAAGAAAGUAUUGUGUCCGAUGGGGAUGGAGUAUGAAAAAAUACAUGCAUGCCCUAAUGAUUGCAUCUUAUACAGAAAAGAGUUUGAAAACUAUGAUCAUUGUCCGAAGUGCAAGGCGUCACGCUACAAAAAGAAAGAUGGUGAUUCCAGUGAUGAUGUGAGCACAAAGGGUCCUCCUGCAAAAGUGUUAUGGUACCUACCAAUAAUUUCAAGGUUCAAGAGAUUGUUCUCUAAUGCAAAUGACGCAAAGAACCUUAGAUGGCAUGCAGAAGAGAGAAAUGAAGAUGGAAAAAUUCGCCAUGUAGCUGAUUCUUUGCAAUGGAAGAAAAUUGAUUUGAAGUUUCAAAGUUUUGGCAAAGAGUCGAGAAACCUUAGACUUGGACUUGCUACCGAUGGAAUGAAUCCGUAUGGUAGUCUAAGUUGUAACCAUAGUUCAUGGCCUGUUCUCUUGAUAAUUUACAACCUAUCUCCUUUGCUGUGCAUGAAGCGUAAAUAUAUGAUGUUAUCUAUGAUGAUUCCGGGCCCAAAACAACCAGGAAACGAUAAUACAACAAUGGAUUUGGGUUUGGGUUGCGUGGUGGAUAUUUGUGGGGAUCAAACCUCGGAUAUUCUUUAUUUGUUUCUUGCAAUCAGACUGAGCUGA